AUGGUGACGCUGUUCUGCGCGUUCGUUGGUACGAAGGAAAGCGUAUUUCCUGUACAUAUUGACGCGAGUCAGUCGGUGGGGCAUUUGAAAGAUGCGAUCAAGAUGGAUAACCAACGGAGGAUUACAUGUGACGCAAACGACCUGCAGCUCUAUCCUGCCAAGACGAAAAUCGACACGGCAAAGACAGAGGACGGCAAGUGGCUAUCCUCGAGCACGGAGGAUGUGAAAAAGUUGAAGGAGGGCGAGAAGACUUCUCACGUCGUAGAGCUAACGAAAGAAGACCGAGAGAUGCAGGGGGAAGACUCUAUUACCCAACUCCUUGCAGGCAUGGAGACCCCAAAAGCGAGACAAAUUUACGUGCUGGUGGUGAUUCCAGACCACGAACAACAGUUGCAUGCUCAAAAUGAGGCUGCUAAAUGA